ACAACACUACAAAUCUAUUACAUUUAUUGAGUUAUGGAGGGAGUAGAAGGACUUUACAAGAAGUUUGGAGUUUUGGCUGAUGCCAAAGACAAAGCAGGAGAGUACGAAGAAGAGUAUCUCUCAAUUCUCUCCACUAUCAGUAAUGGAUCUGAUGCUGAAAAGAGAUUGUGUGCAUCCUUCAUUCCGCGAUUCUUCAAAUCUUUCCCAAAUCAUCAGGAGGCAGCUUUCAAUGCUCAACUUGAUCUGUGUGAAGAGGAAGAGGCAGUCAUCAGGAGAGAAGCUAUCAAGGGUUUACCAGACUUGUGUAAAGCUGAUCCUAAACUUGUGUCUAGGAUGUCGAGUGUGUUGUCACAGCUAUUACCGAUAGAAUGCCACCUGGAUCAAACCAUUGUGAAGCACUGUCUAGUUCAGCUGCUAAAACAAGAUACUAACGCUGCUGUCGCUGGCAUCGUUAACCAGAUCGUGUCGGGAGAUGAAUCAGUUGGUGUACCAGCUAGAAAGUUCUUUCUGGAGCGGUUAGCCGACUCUGACAAAUACAUCCCUGCACUUCAGUCAGAUGAGAAACUCAAGAUAUUUAUCAUCGACCAGUUGGACCACAUGAGUCGAGGAGGUACUUACGAGGAGUUUGUGGAACUUAUGCAGGUAGCAGGUGGUAUCGAUAGAAGGAAAACAGUAAAAUCUCUAACUAAACUCCUGCAAAUGGAUCUCCCAUUCGACCCAGCAAACACAGAACAACUAGAGAGAUUUGCCAUGAUACUACCGUCAGUAUUAAAACACCACACCAAGACAAAUAAUACCUCUGCUAUUCUGAAGUACUUUGGAAGUCUGCUCCCGGUGUUCACUCAGAUACAGAGCGAGGAACACAAGAUAAUGUUGUUACAAGGGUUGGCCGAGACAGUUCAAUCCUCCAUUACCGAAGAAGAUGCUGCGCUUUGUUUAGACGGUAUUUACUCACUACUCCUCACGUACCUACCUGAGAAUGCCCCCACAGACGACGAGAUAGAGGACCCCCCAUCUCUCAACUUCUCCGCUCUGGAAUGCUUGCUUUACGCUCUAAACAGAGCAGCCAGUCAGGUUCCAGCGUUCCUGAAAGAAGAAUCUAGAAUGACAGAAAUCACACCAAAACUUAACUUUGUUUUACGCUGCUGCACAUGCUUCGCAAAACGACUCAAAGGAUCUUCUAUCGGCGAAGACACCCCAGACAAAGUGAAACUAAAGACUAAAGCUUAUAAAACCUGUAAUAACACUAAAGAACUCGCCCGAGGCCUAAUCUCCACACCCCUCUCCUACAAAUCAGACACCAACUUCUCCUGGAAAGUGGACCUCACUAACGUCACGAACAGAUUGUUUAGUCCCCUGGUGUCCGACACCACCAGUAAGCGAGCACCCAAGCCUCCCGUGUCCCCCUCCCCCAAGCGGAGGAGACCCUCUGACAGCACCAGUCAGCGCCGCGCGCAGCAGGUCUACGCACCCCCUCAGGGUCGUUACAGUGGUAACAUCUCAGGAGCUAAUGGUAAAGAGGAGGGCAAGCGUGAACGAAAAAGAUACUAAACUUCUUCUUCAGCACCCUGGACUGGUUGAUCGACUUUGGAAUGACAAAAUAUUUCGAAAUAAUAUGACUCCGAAGUUUUCACGACAAAGGGCACUUACAAACUGUAAACGAAAUCGUGUCCUACUUUGGCCGUAUCUGUUUUGACAUCAAUAUUAUUUAAGACCAA